AUGCAGCGUAUCCAGCAGGAUCAGACGCGUCAUCCAAGAUCUGAAAAGGAAGCUGAAAGAGAAUUAAAUACCACAUGGGAAUCCGUCGAGAUCAUCACGGAAUACUUAAAUUACAUCAGUGAGAACCUCAUCAGUUUCCAACAACGUGCUUUGUCCACUUUGUGUAACGACGUGAUUCAGAAGCAGCAGGAAACCAUUCGGCAGCUUCAAUUGAAUCUGGAGAAUCAUGUUGCGCAAAUUACAAAAGCAAUACCAGAGCAGGAAAAUUGUGAAAACAACUGGAGAAUUUCGAGCACAAAUUGCAGUUGCAAAAGAAUGAAUUGGCGAAUAGCAAUGCUUCCUGCGAUCAGGAAAGAAAAAUGUGAUACUGCAAUAUCAGUCGAACAACUGCAAAUUAAAUUGCGUCUAGAAGAAAAGAAAAUACAAGAAGCACUGACGGAGCAAAAUAAAUUGCGAAAACAAUUAGAGAACUCUGAAUACGAACUGAAAUUGCAAAAGAAUGAAUUGACGAAUAGCCAAGCUGAAAAACUCACGCUUCAGUUGCUAUCAGAAUAUGAAAGUUUACAAUCGCGAUUACAAGCUAUCGAGAAAGAAAAAUCCAAUAUCGCGAAAUUGGCCAUUGAAUUGGAAAGCAAAUUGCUACUUCAAGAAGAAGAAAUGCAAGAAGCAUUAAUGGAGCAAAAUAAAUUGCGAGACCAAAUAGAAGACACUAAGCGCGAAUUUUAUUCACGGAAAAAUGAAUUAAAAAGUGCACAUACUGAAGAAAAAGAAAUACUUAUCAAAGAAAACCAGCAAUUAUUAUCGAAAUUAGGAAAUUUACAAUUGCAGUUAAUGCUACAGAAAGACAACAGUCAUAAGAAUAGUGAGUACAACAAAAAUCUUCAAGAAAAGUUGAAAGAAGUGUCAGAGAAAUCGAAAAAGAACUCAUUUUUACGAAGACUUAGAAGAAUGUUAAGCAAAAAAACCGAGGUCCAAUUUAAUCCUAAAAUUAUUAAAAAAUCCGAAAAAGAUCAAAGCCAUCAAGAGGCGGGAAGGAAAUUUUUCAAAUCUGACCCUAUAAGUAUUACGUACUUAUCCCAAGCAAGGAAUUGAUAGAAUUUAUGAAAAAAUCACCGAAAAAUCUCGUGUGAAUACUAGUGAGAAGCCCUAUAUGUUUAACGUAAACUUAAGAUUGACAUGAAACGAAGAGGUGGCCAUAUUUAGAGUAACAUUGUAAAUACAGAGUGAAAAUCAUCGCGUUCUCGAAAAAACGCCUACGCUCCUUCGACAUGGAGGAGACGAGAUUGUAGCUAGUGGAAGCGCGUAGAACUUUAUAUUUAAACGUGAUUCACCGGUUCGCCAUCUCCAGCUAAUAAAUGAUCCUCUUCGAAUCGACACUCAAAAUUCAAAUUACGCAACGUGGUGGAGCCGUGCAAAUAUCGGUGCCAUUGCAGUUGGAACAUUUCAUUAUUCUUUGCUACAGAUUUGACAAUACAAUUUUCACUUGUAUAAUUUUUCUUUCAUUUAUGGCAACUCCUGCCUUUUCAGUCUAUGUGUAAAAGAAUUAUUUUAGCGAACUUUUAUUUUGUUUUAAAUUUUCAAAUUCUUUCCGUGAUUAGUAUAUCAGUGAUAAAUCUCCGCGUCCUUGAAUGUCUACAAUUUCUUCUCCUCCUGUCUUCUAUCUCACGCUCGUACGAGGCAGAAUCUUGCGCGAAAUCUGGAUCGCGCAAUAAUAACCCGAGCCAUAUGACAGAGAACUAUUUAAAAGUGGCACGUUCCACUUUCCACGAGGGCGGCCGUUCUUUUUUCCAUUUUUCCUUCUGAGUCAGAACCUCAACAUUACCUACGCCCAAUACGUCAUGCGUUUGAAUACACACUAUAAUCGAACUGAAGCAGCGUGAGUCGUUUUGUUUGAAUGAAUCAGACGGUCCUUUAUCUGACAUUUCUAUUCAAAUCAUUUAAAGCCGACUCUGUGUUCACAGUGACAUAUGUAAUGAAAAGAAUUUAUUUUUUUGUACAGUACCUUUUGAUUUAAAUUUAAAAGAUGCGUGUAACAAUGCAUUUUAUGUCAGAUCAGGAUCGCAAAAGAAAAGAAAAUUUAAAGCUAUUUUCAAAUUGUUAUUGUUGUACUUGUUAUUAUUGUAUGAAUUAAAUAAAUAUUUCCAAAAUGCGCAGUUCUCAGGCAAUGUAAGAUUAUUAAUUGUCGCUCCUCUAUAUUCAUUUGCUAUAAUAAGAGAUAGCCAACUCGACAGUAAGGACGCUCACGCAAAUCUUGUUUCGGCUUAUUUACCAGAUGCUAUAAUCAUUACUGAGCUAUCCAAUUUUCACAGCUGCUGCGUCUCUGCGAUUACGGAAAACCUAUUUCUCGUUUAACUGAAUAAGCCGCUAAUAUUAGAAUCCCGAAACGUGUAGAAUCACGCACGCUCUCGUCGCUUAUACAAGGUGUCUCAACAACGAUAUGUAACACGGAGGGAAAAAAAAUUUCCGACAUUCUGUUUAUUAAUAAAUGAGGAAAUGUAGAAGAGAGCGAGAUGUCGAGAAAGCUUUGACAACGUAUGGAUCAAAAUUCAUGGAUAUAAGAAUGAAAAACUAUCGGAACCGCCUGGAC